UUUUCCCUGACUCUACCAGAGCACGGAGAGCGGUUACUUACGAUUCUACAGUCAACCUCUAGACAUCCACCUGUGAGGACGGAGGUGUUCGACCCCACGACAUCCGGUGUGGUGACAUGAACAGUGUUUAAGGAACUCGUGUGCCCCCAUUUUAAUUCUAUUCCUUCUUAGACCCGAACAUUGCGAUCGAUUAAUGUAACGCGUGUAACCGAUCAUAUUAUCAAACGGACCGAGAAAAGGAUUCAAACGCACAGUGUUAAAAACGGUCUUUCUCACGAUGUCCACGUACCUGGGUCUGAUUCUUGUUAUCACCACAUGCGCCCACGUCGUGUAUGCCAAAAAAUGCGAGGGGAACGGAUUAGGUUUGAAAUAUGUGUGGGGAGACGCGCUCACAGAUCCAGCUGACUGUAUAGGUCCGAAUAACAUGGUGUAUCCCUCAGCCGCGAUAUCGAGAAGUUACAAGAAUAUUUGGGCGAGCAGUCGAACAGCGAGGUCCCAUCAGCCUCGAACAAUCGAUCCUGAAUUAACCAGACAGGCGCUACUGCACAAUUACAAGAUUACUCAUGGAGAUUAUUCGAUAGCCGAAUCCUCGCGAAAUGGUAGAGCAUUUUCCUCGAAGGAGACAUGUGGUUCCCCAGCCAGAUUAUGCAAAACGAGGUACAACACCACGGCUCCUAUGUACGGAGUCAGCUUAACCAGCGGUCAGCCUGUGACCAUCGUGCAGAAGUUCCCCGACCUUUUGCAGCAAGUCGUGUUCGAAGUUUGCGAAUCGAAGGAGUGCGACGUGGUCCACGGUGAGUGCACGCAGACAUACGUGCCGUACCUGUUUCUGGUGAUUCCGCUUGGACCGGUGACCUUGACUGGCCAAGAUUACGUUCUAGUUGAAAGCGGUUGCGUGUGCAAGCCGAGAAAUUCGGCGAGCGCCACGUCGGAGCCUCCGGCAGUUCCAAGCUUUUAAACGUUCGUCGAACUCUAGCGAUCAACAUUGAGCGCACCAGUACACCUCUGCGCUGGAGGAUAUAGAUCGAGAUCCGCGUCGAACGUGACAAAUCGGUGGAAGGUGACCCCAAGCUCGAACAACCUCGCCGAAGAACCUAGUAACCUCUUUGACGAAGCUAGCAAAGAAUACUGAAACCAGUAUUGAAGUCACUAGAGAAUUGAUUUCUCGAGAGAAAUCUGCGACAUGAACAAUUUUCCCUGGGAAUGCAACAGUACGCAUCUCUCUUGCACGAUGGGAUAGCAACUUUUAACGCGAAUCAAUCAUCUUUUCUAGUUUAUCCAGGGUAUCACGUCACGAUUUCCACGAGGAACAGCUUUCUAGCCGAAGGUUCCUCUCGUUGCGACCAAAAAUUUCGCGAGAAAUUCUUGGUGGCUUCAGGGGUCAACGUAUAGAUAAUUUAUGUUUCGAAAUAAAGACUCUCUAUCGUAAAUGAUUCGCAACAGUCGUACAUCGGUAGAGUUAUUCGAUUAUAAAAUCUGUUGAUCCGUGAACUGUUUGUUUGCAAAAGAAGACAUUUCGAAGAUACAUCGAUAAUUAGGCGUGCUUCACGGUCGAACAGUACCGCGCUGUUCUUUUAUCGUCGUUUGUUUUUUUUUUUUUUUUUUUUUAAAGUCGUGCAAGAAAAAAAAAGAGAUAAAUGAAGAAGAAGAUAAUCUAGAAGAACUUAUUUUAGCGUGAAAAAACAAAUCGGAGCAGCGGCGGUCAUUUCGCGGAAUCCGGUCUCGGAAUCCGAUCGAGUUCACUAGACCUGCCCACGAGCCGGUUUCGAGCAGGUGUAUAGAUCAACUUGUAACAGUGCUCCGCAGGAAGUAUAGGCGAGAAAUUCUUUCGAAAGGUAUCAUAAAGUUAUAUCAUUUGCGUCGACCGCAUCGUAACAAAGCGGAAACGCUGUUAAUGCGCUCCCCAGCUCGCUUCGUCCAAUUCUGUUCCGUUUGUUAUGAAAUAAACUUCUGGAAUUAAUCUUCUUUGCACUGUGUGUUAGUGCAAAAUACCGACGAUUAAUUGUUGGAGCGGUCAUUAAGCGAGCGAAAGUUCCGGCUUCGACUUUUUCUCCCGUAUAUUACAACUCCUGGAUACGUUCAUUAAGAAAAAAUCUCUCAUCAUUGUGUAUGAACGAAAAAAGAUGAUUCUGUAACGGUAGAGCGUCGGAAAAUGUAGUGCCGUGCGAUCUCAAUCGCAAUACAAAGCGAGAUCUUCAAAAGGAUCAUUCUUAUUCCCAUAUUGGAGUCGGUUGAAUCGGUGCUAAGAUACGUCACUGGCCCGUUUAUGUUUCUCAGAACCGGACUCUGAAAGCUCGCGCUGGAAUCGUACCGACAAACAGGAUGGACGUGCAGUCGCAGUACGAAUGGACCGUACCAUGAAUUCCGAUGAGUAUAAUGUACCGUUACCCGCUUUGCGGGACCCUUCACCUCGAUUUACUUCACUUGGUUAUUUCAUAGGCGAGAUCCAUGCAGCGCCCAAAAGUAGCUGACUCGUAUCGUUCAUUCAUGCCGCUCCACUUAAUCAUCGAUAGUUUUAGAUUUCUUUGGUCGAAUAUCCAUUUUCUACGGUAUUUGU